AUGUCACAGACUCAUGAUUCAAUUCCUAGUCCUACAACGGGACUCAUGAAUAAACCAGCUACUGGAACAGAUCUUCUGAAACCUUCCGCGGCUCAGGAUGAUGAGGAGCAUGUUGAUUAUGACGACUUCCCAACUGGUGAUGCAGCUGACGGAGAUAGAGGCAAUGAGGAUGCUGAUGUUGGUAACAUGUCAGGUGGUGGUGAAGGUUCACCUUCUCCAGAGACUACUGCUGCUGAUGCUUCCGAGCCAGAACCUGCUCAGGUGUCUGCUCCUUUAGAAGAACAACAUUUACCUGGUUCUUCUACGACAACUGCUUCUCCUGCAGCGUUGCCUGAAACUACUGCCGCAACUCCUCCUCUGGAACAGCAACUUGUGCAGGUGUCAGCUCCUAUGCAGGAACAGGCCCUACCUGCCUCAUCCACCGUAGCUGCUUCAUCUACAGCAGUGAUGAAGAUCUCGCUUGCGCCUACGGAGGCCGGUCCAAGCGAAUCUCCGGCGAGGGCAAUGAUGGCUUUGACUUCAAGCCCUUCGCAAUUGAAUGUUUCAGUUGCCUCUGCGACUUCUACACCCAAAUCACUUGUCAAUCCAUAUUUUGGCGCGUCCACUUCUGGGGUCGUAGAGUCGUCUUCCAUUGCUUUUUCUAGUCCAACGGACGCUCCUGACUUCCUCCAUAUGUCCUUGAGCUACUUAAACAGUCUCGUGCGGAAGGUGAUUGAGGUUGUCACAGCUGGUCGAAUGGGAAGGGGGGCCGAGCUUUCUUGCGAAGAGGCUGUUGUUAACACCCUUGGGGCUAAGAACGCAGACACUCUUUUGAACUACCGUAAGGAAGCUCAGGCUCUUGAAAGAGCGAAGAAGGAGGCAGCCGCUGAAGUGGCACCUAGUGAGGAUGAGCUGCGGAGAAAAGCUGAAGCCGUUGUGCGAGCCAAUCAUGAGGAGAAGCUCUCUGAUGCCAAAGCUCAACUUGCUUCUUUUGACUUGAACUUGUGCUAUUCUUUUGCUUAA